AUGCCUCCGAAGAAGCAAAUCGACGCCUCCACCAGUAACCGUGAAAUCGCAGACUGGACGGAACUUCGUCAAACGCUUUUGGCUAUGCAAGAGAGCAUUCAAACCACCAUCCACACGACGAUGCUGGAGAUGGGUGAUAUGCUCGCACAGAGAAUUACCGGUCAACUUCCCCUUCGCAACGAGGAAGAAGACAAUGAAAUUGAGGAUGAUAGGGACAAUCCGUUCGCCGGUAUUGAACAUGCUGGAGAUCAACGCCGACUACAACGUCGUGCGGCUGGGUUCCCUGACAAUGGGCGCCAACAGAAUCAUCGUUGGGAAUCGAGAUUUAAAGUGGAAAUUCCCGAGUUUCAUGGAGGAGUUCGUGGGGAUGCCCUUCUCGAUUGGAUGGUUUCAGUGGAGGAAAUCCUGGAGUUCAAACAGGUUCCUGAAGAUCGCAGAGUACCAUUGGUGGCGAUGCGGUUUCGUGGUCAUGCAGCUUCUUGGUGGAAGCAACUGAAGACUACAAGGGCCAGAACAGGGCGUUCGCCGAUCCAGACUUGGGAGAAACUCAAAAAACAUCUGCGGGCUACCUUUUUACCUCAUACCUAUGACCGCUUGACCUACAACAAAUUGCAAAAUUUGAAACAGGGCUCGCGUUCCGUGGAGGAAUAUGCCGAGGAGUUCUCUCUGUUACUGACAAGAACAAAGAUAUACGACAGUGAGGAACAACUUGUUUCUCGUUUUAUUGGAGGUCUGCGACCCCAACUGCAGAACUCGUUAGCGCAAUUUGACCCGACUACAAUUGCAGAGGCACACCGACGUGCAACUUCUUUUGAGCAGCAGACGCGCCCUUCAUCAUCAAACUGGUCGUCACAGACGUCCAAGACUCGUCCUUCUGACUCCGGCUCCUCGCUACCAUCAGCGCAAGCCAAGGACACUGAGAUGGGGACUGAAACACCUCGCCAACAGUCUAACACAGAGGAUCAACAACUUAGGCGCUCAGCUCGCAUCCCAGCAGUAAAAUGCUUCAAUUGUGGCGAGCAAGGUCAUCGUCAUGCAGCGUGCCCACAUCCAAAACGUGGCUUAGUUGCUGAUGACAAGACAGGGGAGGAAGAUGCUGUAUACGACUCCUAUGGUGAGGAUGAAGAUGCCAUUGAGAAAGUGUUACCAACACAUGGGGAUACAGGAAGAAUGUUGGUGGUUCGACGCUCGUGUGCAGCUCCGCGCCGACAAGACAACAUGUGGCUUCGCACAAAUAUAUUCAAAUCUACUUGCACGAUCAAUGGUUAUCGAUGCACCUUUGUGAUUGAUUCAGGAAGCUGUCGCAACGUCAUGUCUGAUGUCGCUGUAGAAAAGCUUGGUCUGCUCCGCGAACCUCACCCUGCACCAUACACGUUGGGAUGGCUUGAUGAGAGAGUGAAUAUUCGUAUCACGCAUCGCGUACUGGUUCCUUUCUCGAUCGGAGAAUUUUACCGAGAUCGAACCUAUUGUGAUAUCGCUCCAAUGGAUAUAAGUCACUUGCUGCUAAGCCGACCUUGGGAGUUUGAUAGGAAGAUCAUUCAUGAUGGCGCACUUAACACAUAUAGUUUUUACUGGGAGACGCACAAGAUUGUUCUGCUUCCUUCUCGUGAGAAUGCUCUGGAGGCGCCUCCGUCACCACCGCCACAAACCCAACAUCGCAGUCAGACAGAACACCCGUCAACGUUGCUCUGUUCUUACUCUGCUUUCAUGUCCGAGCUCAGACAAGAAGGCGUGGCGUAUGCCUUAUUUCCAGCCUCUCCUCCUCGCGUGCUCUCAUCUACUGUCAACUCGACAUUAGAACCAGUUCUUGCCGAGUUUGUUGAUGUGUUUCCAGCCGAGCUACCGACUGGUCUGCCUCCUCUACGUGAUAUACAGCAUCACAUAGACUUGAUACCGGGAGCCUCUCUGCCUAAUCGCCCACAUUACCGGAUGAGCCCUACAGAGCACGAAGAGUUACGCCGUCAGGUCAAGGACCUCUUGAGCAAAGGCUAUGUGCGCGAAAGCCUUAGUCCGUGUGCGGUUCCAGCGCUUUUGAUACCGAAGAAAGACGGUACUUAG